CUCGCUCUCUCAUCCUCGCUUCCUUAUGCCUUCAUGACAUGGAAAAGCAGCGGGGCACGUGAAGAAAGAGCGAGGGGCCGGAGUCGCCGGGGAAGGUGUGGAUGCAUACCGAGGGCUCGGGGAUAGGAACGAGCCGUGGCUGCGAGCAACGCAUCGCGCUAGAGCGAUUGUGCGUAGACACGCGAGUUCGCGCGCGCUUGUGUUUUGUUCGUCGAGGGCAAUACAUAUCGGCGCGGCGCCGCAAAGUUCCGCAGGGCGGCGAGCCUCGCUUAUGCAGUUCCGUGUGUCAUAACGCGAUAAAUAAAAGGACGGUUGCCCUCGUGCGAUGCGAGUGCAGCCGUGGAGUCGUCGUCGUUGACGCGGGCGGAGUGUGCGGCAAGUAGGCGGCGCCAAUUCGUGUGCGUGCGUGCGUGCGUGCGUGCGUGCGUGCGUGUGUGGUGUGUGCGCGCCAGUAGCGCAGGCCCGGUUCACGCAACGGUCUCGAUGUUAAAUGUCAAGAGAACGCCCUCGGGGAUGGCCUGCUGCUGAGUGCAAGUGCGCCACGGGCCUCGAGAAAUUAUGUGCAUGGACGUCCAGACGAGCGAGAAGAUGGGAGACAGGAGCAACAUCGAGGAAGACAUACAGAUAGUGGAAGCGCACGUCGACAAAGGAGCUUUAAACAAGGUAAUAGUAAAGCAAGAACGUCCAGAUGAAGCAGAAAUCAGGGAAUUGGCUGCCAAAAUGGUGGAAGCACAUAAGGCGAAAAUGGGUACGGCAGCUGCACAAGCAGCAGCUGCUGCAACAACUUUACCACCAAGGCCAUCCACCUGCAAUCAAACUAAUCUAUCAGGAUUGCUUGGCUAUUUCAAUAACAGACGUCCAGUGCCUGAGACAACUAUGGCAAAACCUAUAUCUGAGGGCAAAAUUGCAUUGGAUGAUGAGAGUCAAAGAGGCCGAUUCGGAUGGACGAGCUUUGGCGACAAUCACAUACCAUUCAUAUUUAGGGCCAGUGAAAAAUAUUGUGCGGUUAGGAUAUUAGAGUCUAAAUUGUUAAAUAAGUAUCUGAGCUAUCUACAUUCGGAUAUCUAUAGCUGCACGUGCAUACGAAGUUACUACAUCACUGAUGCUGAAAGUAAACUUUUAAAUGAAAUCAAUAUGAAGCAUUGUGAAAAUCAAUUUGGUCGUGAUCCAUUCACAUGCAAAGAUCUAGUUGUUCGUUUAGCCGAUGCUAAAGAAUUUUACACAUUUUUGGAUGUGUGUUACACAAAAUUGACAUCUGGAUCAAGUCAAAAUGUGAUAGCUGGUCACAAUAAACCAGAUAAGUGUGGAUUUAUACGUAUCAAUAAGGAAUCUGUUGUACCGUACACCAUUAAAGGUGGUCUUAAAUAUGUUCCUCUCUUCUACUUUGAAGGUGAAACAGAGAAUCUGAAAUUAAAAGCAGAAAAGUUGGAGGGUUGGGACUUAUCGUACUUAAAGUUCUGUUGCAAAGUACAGGGUAUACGCAAUGAACUGUUUGCCAGUGAGACGUGUUCAGUGAUCAGUUUAAACGAUAUAAAGAGUUAUUUUCCUCCAGGUACUGGUUUUGAGGACUAUUGGCCAAGUAAAGUAAUGGACUCUCAAUUGUUAGUGAAUUGUAAGGGCAGUGGAAGUGGUGGUGGUUGGACAAAGCAACCACCGACUCCACCCGUUACCAAACAAGCAGUGCAAAAUAAUGUUACGAAAAAUUCCAUAAAUGCCAGAGGCGCCUCGCUCCAGGGUAUGUUACCGCGAAACAAUAUACCUGGAGCCACUUUGCAAAGAGUUAAUCAGAGACCUGUAGUUACUACUCAUCCUGUACACUCAUCUCCUACAGCGGUAUCCUCAGUGAGGACUAAUCAGGUGUCUCAGCCAAUGUUGAAUGCAGUUCAAGCUGCUACGGUUAAUGGAUGGUCUGGGCUUGUAGGGGGUCAACCAACUUUUCCUACGCCACUCGUGUCACAAGCAAAUUCUAUUAUAAGAAUGGCUCCUGGCAGUUUGAAUAUGCAUAAUCAACUGCCAUCGACAAAUAAAAAUUACACACAGCAACCAUCCAGAAAUAGAGGAAAUACCGGGGCUUCGCAACAGUAUCCAGUAUAUUCUAAUACAGCUAUGCAAACACCUGUACCAUCUCCUCUUAUUAGAGCAACUGCGCAUUCCAGUCAACCUAAUUUAGGGGUCUCCACAACUUAUACAACUCCGAGUCUAGGCAUACCAAACCCUGUUACAGCAACUACAUAUCCACAAAUGCUUGGUUUGAGUGCAGAACAGGUUCAAGCUUUGAUGCCACCCCCAACGUCGGCGGCGUCACUUAUGACGCACCCCCAGAGACAUACACCCCCUGUUUUGAAUACGAGCCAUGCGAGUCAUCCAUCACACACAAGUCACAAUACAAGUCACAACUCAUCUCAUGCCAGUCUCACGAGUCAUACAAGUCACACGAGUCAUACAAGUCAUACGAGUCAUUCGAGUCAUUCGAGUCAUACGAGCCACUCGAGUCACCCGAGCCACUCGAGUCACUCGAGUCACUCAAGUCACUCGAAGUAUCCGCCACCCCUUAUACCAGUGAACGGCAGUAGCAAUAAUAAUAGGGAUUCUAGGUGUAGAAAACCUCUGAUACCUAUUGCGGAAACUCAUCCUUCUCUCAACUGUCAAGUUCAACCUUACCAAUUACAAAAAGGUUUGGUUGGAAAUAAGUUCGUACCUUGCAUCAACUUUAAGCCGUACAUUUACUCAGAGCUUUUGAUGACAUUGCCCGAUUUCGUAUCCGAGUUAUUUCCUUCUUGUGAUAUUGAAAGCUGCAGGCAAGUCUUGACUGAUGUUCUGAUGCUGGAACUUUAUCAAGGCAACAGGUUGCAAAUGGAAAUGUUGAUGAAGAAUGGCAAGUGCUUAUCGCUUACAGAGGAGCUGCCUCUCAUCCAGGUUCGCAGUAUCAUAAAAUACAUGCCGCAAUUAAAGUAUAUGUUAAACAAUCGUAACAUGGGUAUGCCUACAACACCCCAACCUGCUCAUUCGUCCGAGGAGCACUCAGCAAAAAAGCGGCAGCGCACCAGCUAGGAUUGGCUACAGCCUUACUGGCCGACUUAUGACUAUUAUCACUCCGCCUUCUAAAGCAUUCGAGGGCUCGAGACGCGUUAGGAAAAAGAAGAUAUAAAAGUGAAAGAGGGAUGUAAAGAGAGAGAGAGAGAGAGAGUGAGAGAGAGAGAGAA